ACUGAUUUCGCGUAUCGAUUUUGAUUUGGCUCCAAUGUUGUUACUUGUUUUAUUUUGAGAAAUUAUUUUGCUAUUUUCUCGACUAACUAGCUGUUUUGAAUUGAAAUAAACAAGGUAAUACACAUAGCUUGAUAUUUGCUAAAACAACAAGAAGAUGCUUCCCCGCACCUACUACAACGACCAAGAUAUCCGAAAACGCCAAAUCGACACGUUAAAAAUCUUCAACGACAAUGUCUUAGAAGUCACUGAAAAUUCGGAAUACAAGAUCGAAUUUUCGGCUGAAGAGAAGAACAUGAGCCUCAAUGUGGUCUUAGGGCCUGAGUUUCCUAACGAGAAGCCUUCGAUAUUCGUCAAUCCAGUGAUACCUCACCCGUGGAUUGCAGAAAAUUCAAACGAAGUCAUUAGAGCUCCUGGUUUAGUCAAUUAUACGUUGCAUUCCGACUUGGGACGUAUAGUACAAGCUAUUAUAAGGGAAUUUCAAAGAGCGUUACCUCAUCUAGCCACUAAUGAUGACACACCAAGUGAUGCGAGUCCGCAGUCCCAAGUUAUAUCGCUGUCAAUGUUGCAAGAACUGAACAAUUUGUCUAUCGAUGAGCUUAAGGAAAUAUUGGACAAUACUGACUUACAGGACAAGCUCUUAGAAAACAACCCGCAACUCAUAAAACUAGACUUAGAAACAGAAGAACUAAUGAACAGCAUCGAAGAAAUCGCCCAAGACAACAUCGCAAAGCAACAAAUGCUGGACGAACUAAAGACGGAUGUCAUUGACCGUAUAUCAACGAUAGUUCAGAUGAAGAUGAGCUAUGAGGAGUUACAUCGUAAACACCAGAAGUUGGCAGAGAUGUACGACCCUCAUCGGAUCAGGGAUUGCUUGAAGGAAGCUGCGUUGAAAGCCGAUGAGGACGCUGAGGUUAUAGCAGAGAUGUUUUUGCUAGGUAAACUGCCAGUGGAGAAUUUCAUAACAAAAUUCGCGGAGAAACGUGCUUUAGGCCAAGCUAGACGCGCGAGAGAAGAGAGGCUAGCGCACCAACUAGCACAGUUGGAUAGAGCGACCACUUAACUCGAUCGUCUAACGCAGUGGUUCUUAACCGGUGGUCCCUGGAGACAUUCUAAGUGGUCCACGAAGUGCACUUGCACACCUUGGUUAAAACCACUUUUAACUGAUUUUUGCAGGCAAACUGGUUUUGGCCGAUCAUGAGGUGGUCCCUGACAAGACAGAAAUUUGGUAAAAUGGUCCCUCAUGACUUAAAGCUUAAGAACCACUGGUCUAACGCGUUGUGAAAACCGAGCUAGAAAGGGGUGGGGAUAUACUUAUAGGUGGCGCAGUGAGAGUUGAGACCAUACAGGCAAAGAUUGUAUCGAUGAUUAGGUAAAACGUUGGUGGCCUUUUUUUCGUCCUAAAAAACCGCAACAUAAAAAUGCGACACAUUACGUCGAUGGAUAGUUUUUCGUCCCGGGCCACAGCAGAUAUGCAACUAUUAGAUUGAUAUGCGAUAUUGCGACUGUAUCGAUUCAGUAUCGCGAUUACGCGACUUCAUGCGUUCGGACGCGGUAUCGGAAUCGCGCGUUUUAGCUAAUAACUGUCGCUGCUUCGAGCUUCCAAAAAGCGACUCAAUAGGGAUGAUGACUGGGUAAUGAAAUCGAAAUUCUAUUUAGUCCGUCAGACAGUUAAUAAAAAAAAAUUGGGCACAUAUUUUUUUUUCAUAAUCGAACAUCAAUAUGUUCGAUUGAUAUCAGUGGGUCUAGACAAAGUGCAAAUUAUAAUCGCAAACCAGUCGAAAAGUGGUCGAAAAGCCCCUUUUUGUAUGGAGAUUUGACGGAUUCGAUUUUCGAUUCGAUCAAAAAGUGCGUUUUGUCUAGGGGGGCAGAUAUC